AGAUUCGCCCGCGCUCGCCGCUCCGUUGGUCCUUGCCUGCGGCGAGCCGUGAGCCCCGGCGUCUAGCGGGUUGGGCUUGGCGGGGAGCUUCUUCUGUGGAGGCCGAGGGCUGGAAUCGUAGUGGUCGGGGCAGACGCGCCGACGCCGGACAGCGCCACCAUGGGGACUAGAGCCCCAGGGCCCAUUCACCUGUUGGAACUAUGUGACCAGAAACUCCUGGACUUUGUCUGCAACGUGGACAAUAAGGACUUGAUGUGGCUCAAGGAGAUUAAGGAGGAGGCUGAGCGCAUGUUCAUCAGAGAAUUCAACAAUGAACCGGAGCUGAUGCCCAAAACUCCCUCUCAGAAGAACCGUCGGAGAAAGAGAAGGGUGUCUAACUUUCAGGAUGAAAACAGAGAUCCUAUGAGGAAAAGGUUAUCCCGCAGGAAGUCUCGGAACAGCCAGCGCCUCCGCAGCAAGGACAAGGUGGAGAAGGCAACUACUAGUGUUGGGGAAAACGGCUCUCCUGUGUUGCGGCGAAUAACUCGGGCUGCAGCAGCAGCAGCAGCAGCCUCUGUGGCAUCAGUUGCUUCCUCUCCCACUGCUGGGUCUCCCCCAGUGAUCAAGAAAGCUGUGGUAGAGGUAAGCUCCAGAGAGCAACUGAAUGCAGAGCUGCACCUCAUUCAGCUCAAAGGUGGCUGUCCUCCAUCUUCAGUUCAAGCUCCAGCCACACCGCCAACAUCCCAAGACAUCCUGACGUCAGAGGAGGAAUCAACACCCAAGAAGGUAGGGGCUGGGAAGCUGGAAUCCGUCAUAGUGAGCUCCCUCAAGGCUACACCCCAGAGUUCCAAGAACAGAGGGAUUGAAGCAGGACGUUCUGCUUCCAAACUCAAGAUUGCUCGGGCCUCACAGGGCCUUCAGGACUCUCCUGGCUCUCCAGACUCUCCACGGAAGGAGAGGGUGCUUUCUCCUCUCCUGCCAAACAACAUCUUGCCUACCACAGCCAAGAACCCUCUUGGGAAUGCUCGGUCAGUGAGGCAAAGCCUGAUUUCCCAAGAUUCCCAAGUACCACUAUCCAAAAAGUACUGUUUGGUGGCGGAACAAGAAAAUGCUACUCGUAGGUCAAGCCGGCUUGCCAAGAUGGCUGACAAGGAGCCAGAGGCCUCUGCUCGCAUCAUCUGUCACAGUUACCUAGAGAGGCUCCUGAAUGUUGAAGUGCCUCAGAAAGUUAGCCUGGAGCAGGAGUCCACCAAGGAGGCUGAGUCUGAGGAGGCAGUUCCUCCUCCUGAGGAGGAGCCAGAGGUCUCCAAAAACAGUGACUAUACCUCGAAACUUGUGACCACUGACCAGGCAACAGACAUUGAAGAGCAGCAAGAAUCCAAGCUUGACCAAACAGAUGGACACAGAGAACCACCUCCGAGUGCCAGGAGGAAACGCAGCUAUAAGCAGGCAAUGAGUGAACCAGACGAGGAGCAUCUGGAGGAUGAGGAGCUGCAACCCCCGCAGAACAAGACCCCUUCCCCACCUUGUCCAGCCAACAAGGUGGUACGGCCACUCCGGACCUUCUUGCACACAGUGCAGAAGAACCAGAUGCUCAUGACCCCUACUUUGGCUUCCCGCAGCAGUGUCAUGAAGUCCUUCAUUAAACGCAACACUCCCCUCCGUGUGGACCCUAAGUGCAGCUUUGUUGAGAAAGAGCGCCAGCGUCUGGAGAGCCUGCGGCGCAAGGAGGAGGCUGAGCAGCUGCGCAGACAGAAGGUGGAGGAGGAAAAGCGACGGCGACUGGAGGAGCUGAAGCUGAAGCGUGAAGAGCGCCUCCGCAAGGUGCUGCAGGCCCGUGAGCGGGUGGAGCAGAUGAAGGAGGAAAAGAAGAAGCAGAUUGAACAGAAGUUUGCUCAGAUUGAUGAGAAGACAGAGAGGGCUAAGGAGGAGCGGCUGGCAGAGAAGGCCAAGAAGAAGGCAGCUGCCAAGAAGAUGGAGGAAGUAGAGGCACGCCGGAAGCAGGAGGAGGAGGCGCGCAGGCUCAGGUGGCUCCAACAGGAGGAAGAGGAGCGGCGGCAUCAAGAGAUGCUACAGCGGAAGAGGGAAGAGGAGCAGGAGCAGCGCAAGGCAGCUGAAGCCAGGCGGCUGGCGGAGCAGCGUGAGCAGGAGCGGCAGCUGGCGGAGCAAGAGCGGCGGAGGGAGCAGGAACGCAAGAGGGAGCAGGAGUGUCUUCAGGCCAAGAGGGAGAUGCAGGAGAGAGAGAAAGCCCUGCGGCUACAGAAGGAACGACUUCAGAGGGAACUGGAGGAGAAGAAGAAGAAGGAAGAACAGCAGCGCCUGGCUGAGCAACGACUGAAGGAAGAGCAGGCAAAGAAAGCCAAGGAGGCGGCAGCCAGCAAGGCCCUGAACGUGACUGUGGAUGUGCAGUCUCCUGUUUGUACCUCAUAUCAAAUGACUCCACAGGGACCCAAAUCCCACCCCAAGAUCAGCACAGAUAACUAUGGAAUGGACCUAAAUAGUGAUGACUCCACGGAUGAUGAGGCUCAUCCCCGGAAGCCCAUCCCUUCCUGGGCCAAAGGCACCCAGCUCAGCCAGGCCAUCAUCCACCAGUACUACCAUCCCCCGAACCUUCCAGAGCUCUUCGGAAUCAUUCUCCCACUGGACUUGGAGGACAUCUUUAAGAAGAGCAAACCCCGCUACCACAAGCGCACUAGCUCUGCUGCUUGGAACUCGCCACCCCUGAAAGCCACCAGGGUCGCAAGCAGCCUGGCCUAUAGCCUGAAGAAGCCAUGAGGCAAAUCCUCAGCCCUCCUGGCAGUACUGGGCCUAAGCAUGUCUGUCUGUCUGUCUGUCUGUCUGUCUGUUUCUGUGUUGGGAUGGUGCUCUUCUGUCUGUUCAUGCCAUUGCUUCUCUGCUUGUCAGGUGUUCCCAACCCUGAUUGGAGAAUGGGCUUGACGGGUGAGUGGGGAAGAACCAGAUUCAGCACUGAUUGGUCUGUAGGCAGUACUCUGUAAAUAGAUUGUUAAAAUUCAGUUGACGUAGUUUUUAGUGUUUGUGAGGUAAUUUAAUAAAGUAUACACCUUGAAGCUGCUGUGGCUAUUGUGAAGAUGACUAGGGGCUUCAGUGGGGUGUUGGUCUGCAGCAGUAAUUCUUGGGCCUUCAUCUGCAGUGCCUCAAGGUCACUGAUGCCAGACAACCCCUGGAAAGCAUGUCAGCAUGUUGUCAUAGGGCAGUUGAGCAUGCUUCCCGUUUGUAAAUGGAGCCUAUUCCCUGAGAAAGCCCUGGCCUGUGACACAGCUCCUCUUAUUUAGUCUUAUGCUCUCAGCCUGACCACUCCUCUGGCUCUGCCAUGCUUGCAGCAUGGGGAGUGGAAGGACUUGAGGAAGUCCUACUGGGAUUUGAUCAGGGAAGGACUGCCCUUCAAGAUGACCCUAGGACCUGUGCUUACAAGCAGGGGCAGAUUUCACCACAAAAGCACCAGCCACUAAGUAAGUGCUUAGCUGAGUGCAGGUGGCCCUAGUCUUGAUAGCUCCUAACUGAUGCUGUUUCCCUAGAACUGGGGUCAGCCACGUGGAGCAGGCAGACAGGCCAAAUCAACCCACAGUUGCCUUGAACAUGCCAGUAGGAAGGCCCAUGUGUUUUCCCAUUACCUCCAGCUGCUCCACGCUAAGGGCAGUUAAAUUAUGCGGUCUGAGAUGCUGACAAGCUUGUAGAAAACUGUUCAGAAGACCUUUGCCAAUUGCUUCAGGUGAAAAUAAAGACUAAAUACAAAGGCUGUAGUGCUUUAUACAGUGGUCCCGGUCUAUAAGAUCUUCCCCUGCAGAGUUCAUUUACGGUUUGUUCAUUAAAGUAUGGUGCACACAGUACAGUUUAUUCUGCGGAUUCACACUGGUAACAGCUGAGUAAACUGCAGGACAGGUCUCUAAAACCACAAGGUCAAAUUCACUUGUCAGCGCAUUUAUUCAGCACUUAGAAAAUCAACAGGAAGACAGACAGUUAUGCCGAAUCUUCACCAGCAUUGGUCUUGUCUGUAUUUCUUUAGCCACCCUAAUGACUAUAUGGAGAUAUUUCACUGUGGUUUUAAUUUGCUGGCUGAUGGUGAAUAUCAUUUCAGAUUCUUAUUUACCACCUGGGUAUCUUUUAUUGGCAACAAGUCUGUUCAAGUCCUUUGUUUAUGUUGUGUUGGUGCCCGAUGUUAGCCUGGACUCUCAAUUAUUUCUUUUGAUCAGACCCCAACAUAAGUAAACUAUCUCUCUGGACUGGUGUGGAGGUGCGGAAAUAAAGAUACAACUUACAUGGUUUUAUCAGGAGGGAGGUGUUUGGUUGUCCCUCAUGAAGUCCUGAGUUUACAUGCUGAAGAAUUUUUCUCGUUUAUUCUCCAAGCAGCUUUUAUACCAAAACAUAAACUGAGUGGGAAAUACACCAGCAUUCUGUCUCCUAGGUAACCAGGUGAAUGGCUUUUUGUCACGUCCACAUUUGCCUAUCUGCUCUGUAUGCUAGCUAUCACGUAGGCUUAAAUCAACAUUUCUAUCAGGCAUCCUCCAAAUUACAAAAAAGGAGCAACAACAUCCUAACGUUUUGUUAGGUUGCCAUGGCCUGUCUGCAGGGCUACCUGACCAUCCUCAGGUGGGGCCUAUGGCUUCAGAGCCUGGCUGCCACACCAUAUAGAAAUAUGGGCCUACAGUUUUGAAGUAGGAUUUUUUACUGGGGAGUUUACGAUACUUACAUUGUAGGAAUGCAUUCUUUGUCAGAUAUGUUUUGUGCUGUUUCAAUUGCAGCCCGCCUUUCACAGAGCAUCCUUUCUAAUUUGGGGACUAUGGGUUGUGCCUUUCUUAAGUCAUGUCUAAGAAAUCGAAAGAUUUCCUUCUGUGUUUCCUAAAAUAUUCCAUGAUUGACAGUGCAUAAGGAUUUACAAUCAUCUCCAGUUAACUUGUUAAACUAUGGAUGUCUGCCUUUGUAUUUGAGCAAAUGCCGUUGGAUAAAUUAUAGCACCAUUCACUGAAGAGACUCAUUUUCCACUGCAUUUCUUUGCAUCUUUAUUGGGGAGCACAGUGGCAUGGGCCGGUGUGCAGACUGCUCAGGCUCCCCGAGGACCAGAACUUGUAGUACGUCUUAAUCCAGUGCUUUAAGUCUUCCAGCUUUGCAUUUCCUUUUCCGAAUUAAUUUUUACUUUUAUUUUACGUUUUCCUGUAAACUUUAGAAUCAGCCUAUAUGUAUAAAACUUCUCAGUUUUGACUAGGAUUUCAUUGAAUAUAUAGAUAAUUGGAGGGGAGCUUGGCACGCUUACAAUAUUUGUUGUCUGUGAACAGCUUAUCUUUAUACCCUUGGUUUCUUUCAUCAGCAUUUUGUGAUCUCAGCAUAUACAUCCUGUACAUUUUCUGUUAAAUAUUUAUUUUUGUGGAGUUACUGUAAAUGUUACUGCUUUUCUGAUUUUGGUUUAUACUUGUUCAUUGUUGGUAUAUAGAAAUACAACUGCCUUUUGCGUGUUUGUCUU